AUGAGUUUCGUAAUCAACCCUAUGAAGAGGCUUAAAUGGGGUUUUAUACCCAGGAAGAGAAUAGUUGAGGAAUUCGGAGAUUCGAAUGACAACAGUAUUGAUGAAAUAGUUAUCGUGGAAGAGAAUGGCGAGAUUGACGAGAAAAAAUCUGUCUCGACAGAUAAUCAUAGCUCGGAAAAGAAUCUAGACAGAAAUGACGUAGAAAUAGAAUACCGUGAUGAGAAAAAUCGUAAAUGGUGGAAAUUCUUUGACGAGUAUGAAUACAGAGUCAAUAAAAAUGACCGUUCUAAACAUAAGUGGUAUAAGUGGUUUAAUGAGACAGACACUCCAGCUGAAAGGAAAUUGAUUAUGAAGCUUGACAUAUUAUUGACAUUCUACUCAUUAAUGGCUUACUGGGUCAAAUAUUUGGAUCAGACUAAUCUUAAUAAUGCCUAUAUAGGUGGAAUGGACAAGGGUCUUGGUAUGAAAGGAAAUGAUUUGGUUAAUACUCAAGUAAUGUUUAAUGUUGGUAAUAUCGUGUUCCAAAUUCCGUUUAUGUAUUUGUUAUAUGCAGCCCCUUUGAAUUUUGUAUUACCUUCAUUAGAUAUUUGCUGGUCUAUUUUGACUGUUUGCUUGUUUCGUUCCGGUAAUGUCAAGGGGUUGAAAGCUAUAAGAUUCUUUAUUGGUGCUUUUGAAGCACCCUCCUACUUAGCAUAUCAAUACCUAUUUGGUUCGUGGUACAAAGUUGAUGAAAUUGCCAGAAGAUCAAUGGUUUAUUAUUUUGGACAAUACUUAGGACUUUUAACCUCUGGAUUAUUAUCAGGUGCCAUUGAGGAUUCCCUUAAUGGUAAAAAUGGAUUAGCUGCUUGGCAAUGGAUUUUCAUUGUUGAUGGUAUAGUAUCAAUAGCAGUAGGAGUAAUUGGAUUUUAUUUGCUUCCUGGUACGCCUUCUGAAUGUUACUCUAUCUUUUUAACAGACGACGAGAUCAGAUUAGCUAGAAGUCGUUUGAAGGAAAAUAAGACAGAGGUCAACCCAAAGAAAAAUGUAUCUGAUUUGUUCGAUUUAGGCCUUUGGAAGUCGAUUCUUUCGUCUUGGGAAAUAUACGUAUUAAGUUUGUGGAAUAUGUUUUGUUGGAAUAACAAUAACGGGAGUUCUGGUGCGUAUACGUUAUGGAUAAAUUCCUUGGAUAGAUAUGGAGAGGGAACAAAACAACGUAUGACAUCAUUAACUCCAGGGUUAGGUCUUGUAUGGCUUCUAUUGACAUGUUGUUAUGCUGAUUUAUUUCACAGUCGUUGGCUGGCAAUAAUUUUUUCACAGGUUUUUAACCUUACUGGAAAUAUUAUCCUUGCGGUUUGGAAUGUUCCCGAACGAACUAAAUGGUUUGCAUGGUGCUUACAAUAUUUCGGCUGGGCAAUGGCGCCUGUAUUAUAUUCGUGGCAGAAUGACAUUUGUCGUAGGGAUGCUCGUAAGAGGGCUGUUAUUUUGGUAUCAAUGAAUAUCCUUGCUCAGGCAUCAACGGCUUGGAUGUCUGUUAUCGUUUGGAAAACAGUAGAGGCACCAAGAUAUUUAAAGGGUUUUACUUUUACGGCAUGCUGCGCCUUUCUGUUAUGCUUGUGGACGUUCGUUGUUUUAUAUUUCUACAAGAGAACUGAGAAAAAACAUGCCAAAGAUAAUGGUAUAAUUCUUUAUAAUUCUGAUAAAUUAACAGAGAACGAUCCAGAAAUGAUUCAAAUUAAGACACAAGAAAAUAAAUAG